GCGCCCAGCUGAAAACCAACAGCACACUCUUUGCAUCUCACCUGUACCUGGACAUUAUCACCUUGACGGACCAUCUCUCUACGCAUUGUCCCCAAUCUUCCAUUCUUUCAUUCUGUGCGACUCCGCCAGUGUUCUGUUCAUUGCCCUUGAAAGCGUCCAGCGUCGCCUUCCUAUGUCUCCUAUGACUACAUGACCGCCUCCGCCCCAGAGUCAGAUCCAGUAAUAGAAGAGUAAACAAUACUCCGUAUAUACUCCACCCAGAUCAGAUCGCAUGCCAGGAUCCCUCUUGCGAGAACCGUCCGACCAUUCACUAUUCUAAAUUCUGACACAAGGAUCGUCUUCGCUUCGUCCUCGCAUUCCUGUCCCCAAACACAGACCACUUUCUCUCUGCGCUACGCUCCCCAUUCUGGCCCAUCAUGGCCUACAACCGCAUCGGCGAUCCUCAGCGCGACGGCCCUUAUUCUCCUGCUGUCAACCCUCACUACGAUUCUCGGUCCCCUUCUCCUGGCCGACCAUUACAACCCUACAGUCACCCAGACGAAGCCCAUUCGAGACAACAACUGCACCUUCAGAUGCCAACGGCUUCCAAUGACCGCCUAGCCAUGCAGCCGACAUACUCGGUAGAAAACAUCCCACAUUCCCACGGGCAUAACCAGCAGUAUGAACAACAGCUGCCUCUUGGACCAGGGGAAGACAUGGGCUAUGGAAGAAAUGACUACAUUGUGUCACCAGAGGAACACCAUGACGCUUAUUAUACACAAGCAUAUUCACCUCAUCCUCAGGGUGAUUAUGCCCUAGAUCCCUAUCCUACACCGGAUCAGGGAUACCGGUUGGAUAACGACAACGUUCCCAUUCUUCAGUCAGAUACUGCAUACGGCCCAGAUCCGCAUGCCCAGGAAGAAAUGAGUUAUGACGGUUACCAUGAUGAGCAGCGUCCUACGCCAUCUCCGGCGCCCAUACGGAGGUGGAAGACCGUAAAAGAGGUGCAGCUGUUCAAUGGCAAUUUGGUCCUUGAUUGCCCGGUUCCUCCUAAACUCCUCGCUAAUGUCCCUCAUGCGAAACCGCCGGAGAGAGACGAGUUUACGCAUAUGAGAUACUCAGCCGCCACAUGCGACCCAUCGGAGUUCUACAAUGAGCGGUUCACUCUGAGACAGCGACUGUUCGCAAAGCCGAGAGAAACGGAGUUGUUCAUCGUGGUUACCAUGUACAACGAGGACGAGUUCCUGUUUGCUCGAACCAUGAUCGGUGUCUUCAAGAACAUUGAGUUCAUGUGCAAUCGCAACAGCAGCAAAACAUGGGGCAAAGAAGCGUGGAAGAAGAUCGUCGUUUGCAUUGUUAGCGACGGCCGUGCCAAGAUCAACCCCAGGACGAGGGCCGUCCUCGCUGGUCUAGGUGUUUAUCAGGACGGCAUUGCCAAACAACAAGUCAAUGGCAAAGAUGUCACCGCUCAUAUCUAUGAGUACACCACUCAAGUUGGUCUGGAACUAAAAGGCACGCAGGUGUCUCUAAAGCCGCGAUCCGCGACUCCUGUCCAAUUGCUAUUCUGCCUGAAGGAGAAGAACCAGAAGAAGAUCAACUCGCAUCGGUGGUUCUUUCAGGCCUUCGGUCGAGUGUUGGAGCCCAACAUUUGUGUCCUCAUUGACGCGGGGACCAAACCUGGCAAAGACUCUAUCUACCAGUUGUGGAAAGCUUUUGAUUUGGAACCUUCUUGUGGUGGUGCUUGCGGUGAAAUCAAGGUCAUGUUGGACCACGGCAAAAAGCUCUACAACCCUUUGGUCGCCACGCAAAACUUCGAAUACAAAAUGUCAAACAUCUUGGACAAGCCUUUGGAGUCCGCAUUCGGCUUCAUUUCGGUGCUCCCUGGUGCCUUUUCGGCUUAUCGCUACGUUGCCUUGCAGAACGACAAGAAUGGUGACGGGCCUCUCGAGAAGUACUUCAAAGGCGAAACUAUGCACGCAGACGCUGGAGUGUUCACGGCGAACAUGUAUCUUGCCGAAGAUCGAAUUUUGUGUUUCGAGCUCGUCAGCAAGCGCAACUGCCAAUGGAUCCUUCAAUACGUCAAAUCGGCCACAGGCGAGACUGAUGUCCCUGAUGGUAUCGCCGAGUUUAUCCUUCAGCGGAGGCGAUGGCUGAACGGGUCCUUCUUUGCCGCCGUCUAUGCCGUGGCACAUGUCUAUCAGCUCUGGCGCAGCAACCACAGCGCCAUACGCAAAUUUAUGUUCCUCGUCGAAUUCACAUACCAGACCAUCAACAUGCUUUUCGCCUGGUUUGCAAUUGGCAACUUCUUCCUGGUUUUCCGACUUUUGACGGCUUCCCUUGGCUCACCUGGGCCGCUGGGCAAAACUGGCACAGUUUUGGGCGUCAUCUUCGAGUUCAUCUACCUGGGCACACUGCUGUAUUGCUUCAUCUUGUCCAUGGGUAACAGGCCCCAAGGUUCCAAGAAAUCUUACCUGGCAAUGGUUAUUUUUUGGUCGAUCCUCAUGAUUUGGUUGACGUUUGCUUCGAUCUUCUUGACAGUGAAGUCGAUUCAGACCGAGGUUUCCCAGAAAGACUUCAGCUUUUCGACCAUUUUCAACAAUAGCACCUUCUUCGGCCUGAUUGUGUCACUUGCGAGCACAUACGUCCUCUGGUUCGUUGCAAGCUUCUUGUUCUUCGACCCUUGGCACAUGUUCACGUGCUUCAUCCAAUACAUUGUCCUCACUCCGACUUACAUCAAUGUCCUCAAUAUCUACGCAUUCUGUAACACUCACGACAUCACGUGGGGUACCAAAGGAGAUGACAAGGCCGAAAAACUUCCAAGUGCGAAUGUAAAGCCCGGCGGGAUGGUUGAUGUGAUGAUCCCUCAGGAUGACGGUGACUUGAAUGCUCAGUACGAUGCAGAAUUGAAGCGAUUCGCGACAAAAGCAGAGAAAGAGGUCAGGCAGCAGAGUCCACAGGAUAAACAAGAGGACUACUACAAGUCUUUCCGAAGCAAUGUAGUCACCGCCUGGAUGAUCACGAACUUCAUCCUGGUUGCAGCCGUCCUGAACAUUUCAGGGUUCGAGAGAAUCGAUACGGGUGACACUGCACAGCAGAACUCGACCAUUUAUUUAGCGGUCAUUCUGUGGUCGGUGGCGGGUUUGUCACUCUUCAGGUUCACCGGCGCGUGCUGGUUCUUGGUUGUACGAUUGUUCCGUGGUGUAUGAUUUCACGAAAUGCCCGCAAACAUAAGGAUACACGAGCGACAUUUUGGAUGCCGACUUGCUUCAAGGGUACGACUGUGUGGCGUUUGAAAGGAGCACUGUGUAGGUGUAUGUUGGGCAACGAUAUUGCUGCAUAAUGGCGAGAUACCCCAAGAAAUCGGAUGAGCGUUUGAACGCUAGGAGUUCCUGGCGAGUUGGACGUCAAGUCAUACAAAAGAACCUUGAAUAGAUGAUGUUCAAUCCUAAGUCGGUGACAAGGAUUAGUUAUAUAUGCCUCACCCAUCCCCUAUGCCGCCUUCUAUGUUCACUCUUUGGUCUAUAAUCAUCUAUAAUCCAGGCGAUCUCUGCCAAAGGAGAUUUCCUC